AUGUCCGACACGGAUUGGACGCUACACGCGCUCAAGUCCAUGCCCGGUAGCCCGACUAAUGUGCAAUGGGCCCCCGACCAGGACGUGACGGGCGUGAUCGCCAAGCUCGAGGGCCGUGAGCUCGAGUACCUGAUUCGACAGAAGCGUAUCGUUAUCGGCCGGAACAGCUCCAAGGGCCAGGUGGACGUUAACAUGGGCCACUCAAGCUUCAUAUCGCGGCGUCACCUGGACGUGCUGUACGAACACCCGAACUUCUAUCUGACAUGCCACGGCAAGAACGGUGUGUUCGUGGACGGCGUGUUCCAGCGGAAGGGCGCCCCGGCGCUACAGCUGCCCAGGAGGUGCUUAAUGCGAUUUCCUAGCACAACAAUUCGGCUCGUGUUUUAUUCUUUGAUAGAUGAAAUGGCACCACCUCCUGUACUACAACAGAAUACAUUUAUUCAAACUCAAACUAGACCAAUUGCAACACCUUCAAGAAGUUAUGCAAGUCCAUUGAGUAUAAAUAUUCCUCCUCAAGUUAUCAAACAAGAAUCUUCUACAUAUUUAUCAAAGGAAAAUAGAUUUAUGAGCCCUUUUCCAUCUCCUACUGGCACUUUAAGUGCUGCUAAUUCAUGUCCAACUAGUCCUAGAGGAGGACACAAUCGACAUACGCUUGGACCAGAUUUGCAAAUGGCAGCAUAUGCAGCUGCAGUAGCUCAUCCUGGUCAAAUAGGUGUAAUUUCUACUCCUACAUCAUCUGCUAUUUAUGUAGAAGAAAAUAAACACUUAAACAAUAUGUCUAGUCAGAAUAGCCGAGACGAAGAAACUAGCCCAUUAGAUGCAACUGUUUUUGAUGUUAGCAUCGGUAGCGAACCAUUUGUCAGUGAUUUUUAUAGAAAUGGUACAUCAUCAACAUCCACGGGACAAAAUUAUAGUCCUCCUGAUACUGUGAUCCAGGAUAGAUCAACACCUAUAAAUAACAACAAUAGUAGUUCUAAUGCAAAAUCUAAAGAUGAGUCAAAACCACCUUAUUCAUAUGCUCAACUCAUUGUACAAGCUGUUGCUUCAGCUUCUGAUCGUCAGCUAACUUUAAGUGGAAUUUAUUCCUAUAUCACCAAAAACUACCCAUAUUAUCGAUUUGUGGAUAAAGGUUGGCAAAACUCUAUUAGACACAACUUGUCAUUGAAUCGUUAUUUUAUAAAGGUUCCUCGCUCACAAGAAGAACCAGGAAAAGGAGCUUUUUGGAGAAUUGAUCCUUCAUCUGAACAAAAAUUAAUUGAGCAAGCUUUUCGGCGUAGACGUAUAAGAGGGGUGCCUAGUUUUAGGCUUCAUAACUCGUUUGGAAUGUCUUCAAGGAGUGCUCCUCCAUCACCAAGUCACAUAACUGGCGGUGAAUUAUCAAUCGCAGAUUCCUUAUCUAGAGAAACUUCACCAUCGCCUCCAGUUUCUUCUUCUGACCAACAACAAGAUGAAGUUUGUUUGGCAAAUUCUAUCUCAAACCAAAUUAAAUCACCAAAUAAAAUUUCUCAUACUAAUGGUGUUGGUGUGCUUCACUAUGUCUCAUCAACAGCCAACAAUGAAGUUUUAGAAAUGCAAAGUCCUCAGCAGUUGACGUUUUUAAAGUCACGACUAGUCUUGCCAGUGACAACUUAUAGUAAAUCUACAACUAGACAUAUUACAAUAGUUAACAAUGGACUUCCAACAUCUCAGUCAGGAAGCACAACUAAAACUAACUUAAAUUUUAUUGCCUUUCCUCCACCAAUUAAGGAAUCUUUAUUGCCACAAGCUCCUGUUAUUGUGCAAGCUUUAGAUCAGACAUUUGAUGCUUCUAAGCUGAAUCAUGCAUUAAAUAUUGAUAAAGCAGUUAAUCAUCAUAAACAAGUUGAAAAUAAUGAACUACAUGAGGAUAUAUCUCAAAAUAACCCUACUCAAGGCAUUGAAAUAGAAUCUGGAGAAUUUGGAGUUCAGGAUAUUCAUGAAGAAAUUAUUGACGAUACUCAAAAGACAAUGGGAGAAAAUAUAGAACAGACAUCUAUGAACUUCAAAUCUGAAGAAUCUUCUGAAAAUGGAAAUCAACAAGUUGUUGGUGAAGAAAUCGAAGAAGAGGAAGAAGUAGUUGAAGAUAACAAUUUUGAAGAAUCCAAAGAAGAACCGGAUACUAAUUAUUCUGACAAUUUUCAAGAACCUCAAGCUAAGCGUGCCAAAUUAAAUUAUUAUCAACAAGAAAUAAAUGGCGUCCCUUAG